UGUGUUGUUCCUCCAAGUGCAAAUCAAAGGCAAACACAAAUCAGUCGGUGUUUGUAAGGGACCGUCGGAAGGCGGUUUAACGAAGAAUCAGCGAAAAUAUCCCAAGCAAGUGUAGUGUGGUUCGCAAUUGGAAGACAGCGGAAAUUGUUAGGGAAUAGAGAGUGCAUCAUUUCCGGUUCCAGCAGCGUGUCUGUAUAUUACGCAGCAAGUUUGUUCAAGCGAGGAUUUAAUUGACAUACACCAAAGGCGAGUUGUUAGAAAAUGAUCCACAACAGUUGAACGAACCGUGGCAUAGAAGAGCACAACAUCGGAGUCAAGGCGUUCUCCCGGACACGAAACGAGUAGCCUACAACGCGGCGUGAAAUUGCUUCUGAGAAAGAAACAUUGCAAGCGAAAUGGCCAAGAAGUACAGCGUGGUCUUCAUACGCCAUGGCGAGAGCGAGUGGAACAAGAUGAACCUCUUCUGCGGCUGGCACGACGUGGGACUCAGCGAGGAAGGCGAAUGGGACGCCCUGGAGAUCUCGGCCGCAUCGCUAAAGCGCGAAAACUUCAGCUUCGACGUGGCGUUCACGUCCUGUCUGCGGCGGGCCAACCAAACGCUGGACGUCGUCCUCAAGGAGCUCAACCUUACCCACAUCCCGGUGCAUCAGCUGUGGCGGCUGAACGAACGCCACUACGGUGCCCUGACCGGGUUCAACAAACGCCAAAUGGCCGACAUCUACGGCGAACCGCAGGUCCAGGUGUGGCGCCGUAGCUUCAACGUACCUCCGCCGCCGAUCGAUGCGGAGAACCCGUACUACAGUGCCAUUCGGAACAAUCCCAAGUUCCGGCACAUCAACGAAAAGGACUUCCCCCUGACGGAAACGCUCGAGACGACCAUGCAACGGGUCGUGCCGGAAUGGACCGACACCAUCAUUCCGGAGGUACGCGCCGGGAAGAAGGUCCUGGUGGUGGCCCACGGGACCAGUCUGCGGGGAUUGGUCAAACACAUCCAAGGUAUUUCAGAUGCCGACAUCAUGAAGUUCAACCUGCCGAACAGUAUUCCGUUCAUCUUCGACUUUGACGAGAACAUGAAAAUGAUCGGCGGUAUCCGGUUCCUGGCUAAUCAGGACGAUGUCCUCAAGGCGAUGGACAAGGUCGCCUCGAUUGGGAAAUAAGCCCCGGUCCUGCGUAGGAGUGCAUGCAAGAGAAAGAGAGAGAGAGGGAGAGAGACUGGUCUGGAAGUUUGCUUCGGUAUCAUAAUACCAAUAUCAUAGCGAAGCGUGGGAACUCUACCUACCUCAGUUUUUUACCGAGAGUGCUUCGUGCGUGUGCGACGGAAGCAGGAGUAGAUUAAGAUUCUAUAGUGUCCUUAUUUUAUUUUAUAUACAAUGCUUAAGUGUGUAUAUCAUAUUUUAUCCAGCACGGGGAUCUAUUCAACCCCAGUGCAGCUCGGAAUCGAAACGUACGUGUCGUUAAGUUUUUGUCUGAUGUGGGACAGACUUUAAUUAUGGUACUAUUGUUUGCCCAGUUUAUGUUGAGUCUUCAUCUACGGCCGAAGAAGUUAUUACAACGAAUCGAUAUUUAUUCUCAUUUUAGCGUUAAUAAAAGUAUAU